GGAAGAUCUGGCAAUGAAGCUCUCUCCGAAGGAGAUCGACAACCUCCUUGUGCACAAUGUGGGCUUCCUGGCGCAGAAACGGUAUAGAUCUCUCUCUUAAAGAAUCUGCUCACUCAUGGCAUGGUGCGUGUCGUUGGUAUGAGUCAUUCACGGUUCAGGCUUGCCCGCGGCAUUCGGCUCAACAGCACUGAGGCGACGGCCCUCAUCGCCGCACAAGUGCUGGAGUUCGUUCGCGAAGGUGAGUGCGCCAAGGGGAGGGCUACGGUGUGGUGGGCCGACACAGUGUCACGCUGCACUGCCCUGUCUGGAUGUCUGUGUAAGCAGGUUACAGGGUGUCCGAGCUGAUGCAGAAGGGCCGUGAGCUGCUGGGCUUCAACCAGGUGCUGCCCGGCGUGGCGGCACUGCUCCACGACGUGCAGGUGGAGGGCACCUUCCCUGACGGCACCAAACUCGUCACGGUACGCUCGCUGACCGGGACAGACAGACAGACAGACAGACUGACUGAUCUAUCUAUCUAUUGUGUCUGUCAUGCUGUGUGAUGGGGGGGGCAGGUGCAUGACCCGAUAUGCCGCGAGGAUGGCGACCUCAGCUUGGCGCUUCACGGGUCGUUCCUGCCUGUGCCGGACGUGGCCAUCUUUGUGGCUGCUAAGUAUCCUGGUGCGUGGGCCUUGGCAGGGGCACACACACGCACAUAAAUAAAGACUGAAAAUACGACGGAGAGUGCCCGUGUCUGUGUCUGUGUCUGUGUGCGUCGAUGCCUGCCUGCAGGGGACAAGUAUCACACCGCCGAAAGCUCUCCGACACCAGGUAGGUCGCCAGGUUGGCUGGUGGAGCCGGUCAUCCAUCGUGUGGAUUCUCGUUAUGUCUGUGGUUGCUCCCUCCCAUCCCACCACCACUAGGCGAGUUGGUGCCUGCGUCAGGGGAGCUGGUGCUGAAUGAGGGCCGCAAGACCGUCACUCUCACUGUCACAUCGACCUGCGACAGGCCCAUCCAGGUAAGGCAUGCACAGAAGGAUAGAUCUUCGUUCCCAAAGGUCGUCUGUUGCUUGCUUGCUUCACUCAGGUCGGCAGCCACUAUCACUUCAUUGAGACGAACCCGUACCUCCGAUUCGACCGGGCCAAGGUCAGGUGCCUUACUCUUGCCAAAGAGACUGCAUGCGAUGCGUGUGCUUCUUCGUGAUUUGCAGGCGCUGGGGAUGCGGCUGAACAUCGCCGCGGGCACAGCUGUGCGCUUCGAACCAGGUGGAUACCACACCAAGCUAUGUGAAAUGGUCGGUAGACGCCACGCAGGGUGUCAUUCAUUCGCACAGGCCAGACGCGUCAGGUGCAUCUGGUGGAGAUCGCCGGCAACAAGAAGGUCUACGGAGGUGCCUCCCUCACUCACCGACCGCCACCCAGACUAACACACCCUCACCGUCUGUCUGCAUGGGGCCGUCCGUCCGUCUGCAGGGAACGGUCUGGUGGACGGCGUGGCCGACCCAUCCAAGAUCCCGGCAGUCCUCGCCAAGCUGCAGCAGCAGGGCUUCCUGCACCAGGAGGAGCCUGGCGCGCAGCCUGCCCCCGUGGCGACCAUCCCAAGAUCCAUCUACGCACACACAUACGGGUGGGUACCCUACCCUGGCAGCUCUUUUCUCUUGUCGCGUCGCGUCAUCCAUGUGUGAGCGUGAGUGACAUUGCAGGCCGACAGUGGGCGACAGGUUGCGUCUCGGCGACACGGCUCUCGUGGUUCAGGUGGAGAAGGACUUCACCGUCUAUGGCGACGAGUGCAAGUUCGGCGGUGGGAAGGUGCUCCGUGAGGGUAUGGGUCAGAUGGCCAACUGCUCACCCGCCAAGGCCCUCGACUGCGUCAUCACCAACGCACUCAUUAUCGACGCCAAACUCGGUAUCGUCAAGGUAUGCUAUGCUGGCCGCCAGCGGUGCACGCAGUGAUUGAUGCCUCCAUCGUGUCUGUUGUGUAUGUGUAUGUUAUGUGUGCAGGCUGACGUUGGUCUCAAGGGCGGCAUGAUCGUUGGCAUUGGGAAGGCCGGCAAUCCCGACGUCAUGCAGGCGAGCCGAGCCACACGCUCACGACGGACAGACAGACAUCUGGUGGAUGGAUGCAGUGCAGGGUCCGUAAUAUAUCUGUCUGUGUGUGUGUGUGCGUGUGUGUGUGUGUGUGUGUGUCUGUGCAGGGUGUGGACGGUUCCAUGUGGGUGGGUGCGACGACCGAGGCCAUAGCCGGUGAGGGCUUGAUCCUCACCGCCGGCGCCCUCGACGUCCACGUCCACUUCAUAUGCCCACAGCUCUACCAAGAGGCCAUCGCAUCAGGCAAGGCACGCACCCGUCAAGCAGAACACACCACACCACCGCAAUCAAUCCCAUAUUUGCAAGCUUCUGAGUGCUGUGCAGGCAUCACGACGCUGCUUGGUGGCGGCACCGGGCCUGCCACUGGCACCAACGCGACGACCUGCACGGCUGGGCCCAAAAACAUCAAAGACAUGAUUCUCGCCACAGGCAUGGCAUGCCUGUGGCGCACAAGAGAACGAACGGCCCAUGGAAAGGGCACAGCACACGUGAGGCGUGUGUAUGUGUGCAGAUGAGUUCCCAAUGAACUUCGCCUUCACUGGCAAGGGCAACACAUCGCUGGUGAGUGACAGGAAGGAAGUAAGGGGCAGACCUCUGCUGUUGUGGUGUGUGGGACGAUCAGUCUGGCGACGAGAUCGCCAUCGACCUGAAGGAGCAGAUCGUUGGCGGCGCCGUGGGCCUCAAGCUUCACGAAGACUGGGGAACCACACCUGCUGCGAUCGACACGUAACCAGCCACCCAUCCCCGCCAUUGACACACACCUCUCUCUCUCCCUCUCUCCCCAUCUCUCCCUCCCUCCCUCUCUCUCUCUCUUUCUCUCCAUCUCUCUCUGUGCAGGUGUCUGCGUGCCGCCGAGGCGUAUGACGUGCAGGUGACGAUCCACACCGACACCCUCAACGAGUCUGGCUGCGUGGAGCACUCGAUCGCCGCCUUCAAGGGCAGGAGCAUCCACACCUACCACUCUGAGGGAGCGGGGGGCGGCCACGCGCCCGACAUCAUGCGGGUGUGCGGGGAGCCCAACGUGCUGCCGUCUUCGACCAACCCCACGCGGCCCUACACCGUCAACACCAUCGACGAGCAUGUCGACAUGCUGUGUGUGUGCCACCAUCUGGACAAGGCAAGCCAAGGAAAGGCAUUAGAUAGAGGCGAUAGAUAUUGUGGGCGAUAUCGUGUGUGUGUGUGUGUGUGUGUGCAGAAUCUUAAGGAGGAUCUGGCCUUUGCUGAGUCGCGCAUUCGGGCUGAGACCAUCCAGGUACACACCCAGAGAGAGAGAGACGUGCAGUAUCCCUGCAUGAGUGUUUGUGCGCACUCACGUCAGGCUGAGGACAUCCUCCACGACCUCGGCGCCAUCUCCACCAUGUCGUCAGACUCACAGGCCAUGGUCAGCCGCCCAGACACCCACUGGCUAAGUCAUGGUGUGACCUCGCCGCUGCCUGCACACAGGGUCGCAUCGGCGAGGUCAUCUGCCGCACGUGGCAGACGGCCGACAAGAUGAAGAAGCAGAGGGGCCACCUGCCCGAAGACAAAGACACUGGCGCUGACAACUACAGGGUGGGCGGGCUGGACACGCCACACAGGCACAUCACAUCCAUCGAUGGCACUUGUCAGUCUCUGUGUGUGUGUGUUGUCAGGUGCGUCGUUAUAUCGCCAAGUACACGGUCAACCCCGCCAUCACACACGGCAUGAGCCACGUCAUCGGAUCUGUCGAGGUGGGUGGGCGGGAGCAGAGAGACAGACAGACAGACAGGCAGACAGACGCACAGAGACCAUAUCAAUGGCCGCUGCUGCAAUGACUUGCCUUUGUGUGUGGUGUGUCAGGUUGGUAAGCUGGCUGAUUUGUGUCUGUGGAAGCCGGGCUACUUCGGCACCAAGCCCGAGAUCAUCAUCAAGGGCGGACAAAUCGCAUGGGCACAAAUGGGUGAGCGGUGGACCGAUGGUGGACGGGAUCCUCUGUGUGUGUGUGUGCGUGUGUGUGUGUGUUGUGUGCAGGCAUGCCCAACGCGUCGAUCCCCACCCCGCAGCCCGUCAUGCAGCGCGAAAUGUUCGGCUCCUUCGGAAAGGUCAGCACAUAGAGACACACAUACACACGUGACCGGCCAGGCCACAUUCAGCACCACCACGGCACGGCCGUGUCUGCGUGUCCAUCAUUCAGGCGGUUGGCUCCAAUUCGCUGGUGUUCGUGUCCAAGGCGUGUGUUGACUCGGGCGUGACCAAGACAUGGGGGAUUUCAAAGCGUGUGGAGGCGGUCAAGGACAUCCGCCGUGUGAAGAAGGCCGACAUGGUGCUCAACGCCCACUGCCCCAAGAUACACAUCGACCCGGAACGGUUCCACGUCACAGUCACCGACGACAAGGUGUGUCAGCCACCGACACACACAAAGAGGGGGCGGUCGAGGGAUAAAGUAAGUGUGUGUGUUUGUGUGUGUGUGUGUGCUGACAGGGUGGCUCUGAGCUGCUGCAGUGUGAGCCAGCGUCCGUCCUCCCGCUGGCGCAGAGGUACUUCCUCUUCUGAUCUGUGGAAAGGUUGGUGCGUGGUGCGUGGUGCGUGCUGUGUGCAACUGUGUGCAUGGCAGACAUGGAGGAG